CUCUCAGAUCCUGGAGGAAGUAUUUUUAGGUAUUUAUUUUUUAUUUACAUCUCGUGAAAAGAAGGAGCUGUAGACCACUGAAAGCAUGAGAGAUUGGAAUCAUACAGGUGUGAAGGAAUUCAUACUCAUUGGCUUAACAGAUAAUUCUAAUUAUCAGGUUCCACUCCUUUUGCUUUUUAGCAUAGUGUAUCUCAUCGUUCUUGUGGGUAAUUGGGGGAUGAUUAUCUUGAUCUGGUUGAAUGCCCACCUUCAUACCCCAAUGUACUUCUUCCUUAGUAACCUCUCUUUCUGUGACAUCUGUUACUCUACUGUCAUUGCUCCUAAAAUGCUCAUCAAUUUUCUAUCAGAACACAAAUCUAGCACAUUUUUUGGCUGUGUUCUUCAGAGUUUCUUUUUUGCAGUGUAUGUAACCACAGAAGGUAUUCUCCUGUCUAUGAUGGCUUAUGAUCGCUAUGUGGCAAUUGCAAACCCAUUAAUGUAUACAGUUAUUAUGACCCACAGCAUCUGCAGUCAGAUGGUUCUUGCAUGUUAUUUAGGUGGCCUCAUUAAUUCCCUGACUCACACAAUAGGUUUACUCAGACUGGACUUCUGUGGUCCCAACAUUGUGAAUCACUUCUUCUGUGACAUCCCUCCUCUUUUGAAGCUUUCAUGUUCUGAUGCACACAUCAAUGAAAUGCUGCUUUUGGUCUUCUCUGGCGUGAUUGCUAUUUUCACUUUCAUCAUUGUCAUGGUUUCCUAUAUCCAAAUUAUCAUUGCCAUCCUGAGAAUCCGCUCAACUGAGGGGAGACGUAAAGCCUUCUCCACUUGUGCCUCACAUCUGACAGCUGUGACAUUAUUUUACGGUUCUGUGACAUUUAGCUAUAUCCAGCCAAGUUCUCAGUACUCCAUGGAACAGGAAAAAGUCUCUGCUGUGUUUUACACCUUGGUCAUCCCCAUGCUGAACCCUCUGAUUUACAGCCUGAGGAACAAAGAUGUGAAAGAAGCAGCCAAGAGAUUGAUUUGUAGGGAGAGGAACACCUGUUGAAUAUGUCACUUCUCUGGCUUCGAAAGCUUGAUGUGAGUUUUUAAAGUGAUAUAGUUAGAAUUUAUUUGUUUUU